GCGACAUGCUGCUGUGACGUUACCUUUGCGAGACUCGCGUUUGUUUUGCUAAACUCUCAUGACAUUUCUCGUAUAUAUUUGAUCCAUUCGCAACCAGAAAAUUGAUAAAAUAAUCAAAAUGCUCACAGUGGAAGAUUACACGCAGUUUCCGCUGCAGACGUGGGAAAAGGUCUUCUCGAAGGUAAAGAAAGCGGUUGUUUUCAUGGAUGACAAGUGUGCAGAGGCUCUCCAUUGGAGUGGUGGUGCUGCAUCAUUAUUCGAGGCUGGUGCAAAAAAUCUAAAACCGUUUUCAAGCUUCGAAGCGUGCCGUGCCGAUGAACCAAAAGCUGUCUUCGUUGUGAGCACGUUGCUGAAGGGCAGAACGGUCGACAUCAUAAAGGACAUAAUAUCUCUUAGCCGCUUACAAUAUUGUGUCGCGAUCACUACUGUUGCUCACUCCGUGCACCUGGUCGCCAACAAUGUCACUGACGAAAUGGACGGGAAUCCUGUGUUUGAGCAGUUUGAGGAAAAGCUGUGUGAGUGGAUGGGUAACAUGAACUACACAGCUGAAGUAAUGUACGUGCCUGUUGUCUUUGCACCCGUCUCACAGCAGCUAAUCCUAACUCCACCGUUUGCACACUUGUUCCCUCUUCUUUCCCCUGAUCUGGACUGUAUUAAUGCAAAACGCCCAGAGAAGAAGCGAUUUGGGAGCCUGGCUGAUCUAGAUAUGAAUUCCCUCCCAGCUAAACUGCAAAUUGAAAUAAAACAUCUGUCCUCGGCUCUGAACUCAAUGUUUGAAACUACAAGAACAAGAGAAGAGAGUUUUGCAGUAGGUCCUAUGAGUCGCACCAUUGCUGGAGAGUUGGCCAAUCACCCACAAGCCAAAAACAGGAGGAAGACGGCUCAGAAUAAAGCAUCCAUCAUCUUUAUUGACAGGACAAUGGACCUGACAGGUGCUGUUGGUCAUCAUGGUGACAAUCUGGUGGAUAAGAUUCUGACUGUGCUAAAGCCUUUACCUGGUCAUGUGACUGAUGUGCAAGUGGACAUGUUUGAGCUAACAACUCUACAGCCCAGCCCUCAAACCCAGAACAUUCUAGCGCCUGGCUGUUUAGCACAAUCAGAGUCAUCAGCAGCGAGGUCACUGUGGGAGGCCAUGUUGACCAGUAAGCAGAAGGAAGGGGUGCUGGAAGUGCGCAGACAGCUAGUGGAGGCGGCCAGCAAAGAGAAGCUCCCCAUCAAGAUGAGUAUGGGCCGGGUGACCCCAGCCCAACUGUGUUCCUACGUGAAACCAUUCAGGAGCAGUCGGGGGGUGCUAGAGAAUCACUGCGGGGUGCUGCAGCUGGGACUGGCCACGGCCCAAACCCUUGGACACCCCAGCCUGCCGAGAUGGGACGCCUGCCUGGCCUUUGAGAGACUCCUCCUACAGGCUCUUGGAGACUCUGAUUUUCCAUCCGUGCUGCGUCAGCUGCUCCCUCUGAUGAAGUCCAAAGACAGUGAGGGCGGCUCAGGGUCCACACGGGGGACAGAGGACUGUGGUCCAGACGAGCUAGUUCUGCUGCUGAUUUACCUGUACUCCCUGGCAGAUGAGGCCCUGCCCACUGACCAGGAAGAGGAGGAGGAGCUGGAGCGGCUGGAGAGAGAGCUGAUUGGUGCGCUCACAUUGGUCUUCACUAAGGAGGCGGAGCUUAGUCCACUUCUGCAGAAACUGACAGGUUGCUCCAGUCCAGAGGAGCUGACCAUGGCACAUGCUCACUCUGUGGUGGAGCAGAUGUUUGACACUUUGAGGGGUCUGAGCCACAGUCGGGACGAACUGAAGCAGCUGCGGUCCAUCUACACUGCGAGCGACGGCAUUCACCAGGCAAAUUAUCGCCCAUUCUUGAAGCAGAUCUUGGAGGAAGUUUUCCAUUCAGACCGACCUGAGUGUCCGGACAUCGAGCACAUGUCUGGGGGCCUCACAGACCUACUCAAGACCGGAUUUAGCAUGUUCAUGAAGGUGAAUCGUCCUCAUCCCGGCGAUAAUCCAGUGAUGUUCUUGUUCCUGGUGGGCGGAGUCACACCCUCAGAGCUCCGCCUCAUCAAAGAGGUUGUCUCUGCCUACAAACCUGCCACACAAGUGCUGGUUUUGGCCACUAGGCUUCUCAGACCGACGGAUAUACCAGAACUGCUCUUCACAACACAAAGGCUCACCCCAGACAUUGGAGUAUGAGGAAAAAUGUGACCCAAAGAUGUACAAAAAAAAACAUAUUUGAUUUGGAAUGCUAUAGACCGGCCCAGUUCCCAUUGACAAAAGGAGCUACAGUGUCCAAAUCGGGCAUUGAAAAGCUUUAAAAUGUUGAAUAUACUGUCUAUAUUGACUUAGGUCAUGUGGUGGAUUACAGUCUAAUACAUACUGGUAACCCCUUAGAACUAAAAUUCUGAUUGGGAAGGUUAUGAUUGUGAAACUUAAAAAGUGAUCAAUUGUAUAGUUUGUGUUCAAACCUUUGAAAUAUUCCAGUUGUUCACUUAUGAAGUGCCAACAUAUGCUACAAAUGUUUUUAAUUAUAGAAACUAGCUUGUAUGGCACUGUUUAGAAUGUAAUUUUCUGGACAAAUAUUGAACAUGCACCCUUUUCAUUGGUUACCCUUGUCAAACAUACCAUAGGCCUAUAAUUCCAAAUCAAGCUUAACCCUAAUGAUAUAAAUGAGUUAAAUCGGGAAAAAAAAACAUUCCUAACAGGUGUAAUUUCAUGUGUGUAUUACUUUAUUUUUAUCUUGUAAAGUUGAAAAAGAAUCUAUUAAAUAUGUAAAUAAGUCAAAUAAAAAUGUUUUCAAAUCCA